CUGGAGACAGCCCAGUAGCUGGGAGUCAGCUUGACAAAACCGGAUCGAAGUAGAGGCAGAGUAGGGUUUCAAAGCAGGCAGUGAGAGAGCGGGAAUGCUGUUCAGGAAAUUCUUCAGGCAUGGGCAGGGACUUGGCUGCAGUUGUGCGGCUGGAAAAUCUGACUGGGGCAGCUCCUGAGCGCAGGCAGGGCCUGCUCACGGGGGCGGGCUGAGUGGCCGCCUCCAUCAGAGCCUCUCAGCUUUCCCCAGGACCACGGGGGACUCUCAUCCGCCACUCUGUGAAACAGACAAGAGAGAUGCCUCAGGAACAGUAUUCCCACCACAGGAGCACCAUGCCCAGCUCUGAGGGGCCACACAUAUACAAAGUGGGGAUUUACGGCUGGAGGAAAAGAUGCCUGUAUUUCUUUGUCCUGCUCCUCAUGAUUUUAAUACUGGUGAACUUGGCCAUGACCAUCUGGAUUCUCAAGGUCAUGAACUUCACAAUUGAUGGAAUGGGGAACUUAAGAAUCACAGAAAAGGGUCUGAAGCUAGAAGGAGACUCAGAAUUCUUACAACCUCUCUACGCCAAAGAAAUCAAGUCGCGACCAGGUAAUGCCCUAUACUUCAAAUCUGCCAGGAACGUGACAGUGAACAUUCUCAAUGAUCAGACAAAAGUGCUGACUCAGCUGGUGACAGGUCCGAAGGCUGUGGAAGCAUAUGGCAAAAGGUUUGAAGUAAAAACUGUUUCUGGAAAAUUGCUCUUUUCUGCGGAUGACAGUGAAGUGGUCGUGGGAGCUGAGAGAUUGAGAGUCUUAGGAGCUGAAGGCACAGUCUUCCCCAAAUCCAUAGAAACACCUAAUGUUAGAGCAGACCCCUUCAAGGAACUAAGGUUGGAGUCCCCAACCCGAUCUCUAGUGAUGGAAGCCCCCAAAGGAGUAGAAAUAAAUGCAGAAGCUGGCAAUAUGGAAGCCAUCUGCAGAAGUGAGCUGAGACUGGAGUCCAAGGAUGGAGAGAUUAAGUUAGAUGCUGCGAAAAUCAAACUACCUAGACUGCCUCGUGGAUCCUACACACCCACAGGAACGAGGCAGAAGGUCUUCGAGGUCUGCGUCUGCGCCAAUGGGAGGUUAUUCCUGUCCCAGGCAGGAACUGGUUCUACAUGUCAGAUAAACACAAGUGUCUGCCUUUGAAAGACUAUCCAUAGUGGACAAUUGUCAGCAGCAUAAAGGCCCUUUUUGGCUUGAAACACUGGCUGCCAGCUAUUUUUACUAGAACACAGAAAGCCUAUCAAAGCCCUUUUGUGUGUAUGUGUAUGUGAGUGUGUAUGAGUGAGUUGUGUGAGUGAAUAUAAAUAUAUAUAUAAAUAUAUAUAAAUAAAUAUAUAUAUAUCCUCUGUAUAAAAUGAGGUUUCAGUACAAAAGGAACCAUGGGUGACCCUGUGACAUCAUCCACUGUCAUCUUUCUGCCCCAUUCCCAUCAUCCACAUGACAGAAUAUAAGCUCUCAUUCAGGCCCAGCAUUUCCCAGGCAAUUUAAAAUCACACAGUGGAUUGAGAACCCACAAAAUAUCCAUCUAUGUGUUCAGUAAAUCACCUAGCUUCUCUCGUAGAGUCAUUAGAGGCAGUGAUGGCGGGAAUCUUCAGGUCACUCUCAAGUGCUGAUAUACUGGUCAAAAAGAAAACAUAGACCCAUCUGUAAUUCUAACACCAAGGAGGUUGUGGUGAUGGAGGCCAGUCUGGGCUUCAUAGUGAGACUAUGUUAAAAACAUAGACAUUUGGUUUCUCUUUCUUAGCUUCACUCAAGCUGAUCACAUUCUCUUCAACAUAAGGAUAAAGUAAAACCAUAGAAAUUAGCCAUAAGAACUUAAAAUGGCCACCCUCCUUUUGUAGACCAACAUUCUAGGAGUUGUGUGACUAUAUGAAGAAGUAGUACUGCAUUCUGAAAUAACUUAAGCCACUCACCUAACUUCUAUUAUUCGGCUUCCUUUAAACUUGCGUAUUCUCCAACAAUCAAUGAGUAAGAGCUUUGAAGUAGAAGUAAGAGCUUUCAGCAUAGAAGAGGAGACUGGUUCCUCCUCUCUAGGCUAGAAACCACUCAAUGGCCUUACAAGUAAAGAAGAUGAGCCAAACAUCUAAGGGAAAAUGGUCUCACAAGCUUUUAGAUUCUCCUUCCUGACUUUAUCCAACAGAUGGACUCAAAAUCAUUAAAUCAAUCCAAAUCCCAAAGAGUGAGCUCUAGAUCCCAGGAGAUCACUCUUUUAAGUCAUUUUAAGUCAUUUUAAGAUAAAAAUCUAACUAAGAAAACCAUAGGGAAGCUGGCUAAUUCUCACAAGUUUCUUGAGAUGAGUGGGCCAUUUAGAGACAUGUCAUAUUUUCAAGGGCUUGCACAAUCUCUCUUGCUUUGCUCUUGUAUAUUUUGCCAGUGCUGGGCUAUUCAUAUUCCUGAACUCACUGUUGCAUUUUUCCCUAGGAGUCACAAACCUAAGACUCUACGUGCUGCCAGAAUUGCUAAUGGCAAGUUAAUAUAAACAGGGUCAUGUGUCUGCAUCAGAAUCACUGUGUUCCCUAAGCUCAGCAGCACCCACUCCCCAUGUGUGAAAAUAGCUUUCUAAUUCCCGCCAUCAGCUACCUCUUAGCACCCCACCUUCAUUACCAUGCCCCAGGGUCACCCUGGCCAGCUCUUGUGCUGGGACAGGGGAUUAUACCAUCUCUGUUCAAAGAGGGGGAAAUGUGCCUAUGCCUUAAGCCAAUGCACUCAGCAAGGAGAAGCACAUCCUAUUUAUCUUGUUACCUGUAGUUUAUUUUGGGUGGUUGGAGGGAAGUUGUUUAGCCAUGACUGGAUACCAGAAACUGGUAGACAAACCAGUUUCCACAUUUGGGAUCUGAAGAGCCCAGAAUGUAGGUGUAACUGGCUUAGAACAUCCUUGAAGCCAGUAGACAAGCAGUGACCCUAAAAUUUUGAAUGAAGAUGUAUCUGUAGGCCUGAAUGGCAUUUGGUUUUGGUUUUGUUUGCCACAAGGUUCUAAGUUUUCUUACUUCACAAGAUGAAUGGUUUGUUAUAAGAGACAACAAAGAAGUUUGCUAUUUCUGAUAUGACAUACAAGCAUCAGUCUGAGAUUUGUACACAUGGGGUGUACUCCUCAGUCGCUUAUUGUCACAAAGAAGGGACUUUCCUAUCCUGACUCAUGACUUGGACUUCUGGCUUCUAGGCCAGGCCUGGCUCCCCUCACCCUCUCUGCAUAUCUUGUGCAGAGGCACUGGACAGGUCAAUCUUAGAGCAAGGUCCUUAAAAUUGUUUCGCUUGCACUAUGGAGCUCUAAAAGGGGAUCCUGUGAGAGGCCUCGGGUUACUAGAUGCUGGUGUUACCAGUAUCUUGUAGGCCCUUUAUGCCGGGACCUACAUGUAUCACACACACAGGAUUCACUUCAAGUCACAAAAAGCCCUUCUUAGUUAUUACAGAUACCUUUCCCACAUCAUUCAAAUAAACUAUAACUCUGAAGUCCCUUGAGUUCAUAAAGAAAACAGGGUUGUUUGAGGCAGGUGGAAGGGGUGUUUUCUUGUGUUUAAACAGACAAACUACCUUUGCAUCUCACACCUAUCAUCUAUAGAUAAGAAGAAAUAACAAAGUUUCCUGAUUUUAUUUACCAGUUGUGACAUGAAAGUCAUAUUCCUCAUGAAUUUUUUGACAAUUAAAAACUGAUGUGGUCGCAAAUGCAACAUUGAACCCUAGAGCAAGCAAGUAAAUCAAGCACUAACUUGAUUCACACACAAACACACAAUAAAAAUAAUAUCAAUUGGGGAUAUAAAUCAAGAAUCUCUGGAGGAAUACAUGAUACAAAAUUGUGUUUAAUUCUGGUUUUCAAUUAUGUUAAAGGAGCACAGGCCAUCAGGCAGUAAACAGGAUCUCUGGCAUGAGUAAGAUUAUGUAUUUCAGUUGAGACUAGAAACUGGUAAAAUGCAUCCUUAGCCAAUAAACUUCUUGCACCUGCCCACCCAAUGCUCCAACAAUAACAUUUGUCCAUAGUCACAAAAGAAACUUUCACCAGAAUUCUUGGAAUGGGGUUGGGAGAGUAGGGAACCAGCAUUUAUAUUGUCUGCUAACCCCUACUUUUUAGGAAAAAAAAAA